AUGGCCUUGAGAAGAGCGCAAGAGGCAUUCAAGUCAUACCAUAUCUGCCGACUAGGCGCUAUCCUGCAAAACGCAGGUCUCCAGCGGACACACCCUCGUCGCACCGCGCCCACGGGUGGCCCCUUUCCUCCGGCAACAUUGCGUCGUCAGAAUGCCCAGAUUCUAUUCAUCCACGAAGCUGACCGACAAUCGGUACCUUUACCCAACGGCGUCCAGGGAGACGACGAACCCAGCUCCCCUCCUACAAGCCAGGCCCGACAGGGUACUUCGACAGGAGACAACAGCAGUCGAGCUCCAACACCACCUCAGGAACAUUUAGCCAACUCCCUAGUUCGGACACAAAACUUAGAAGUCACCGGCUCAUCAAGUCCUACCGAUGCGGACAUACAGAGAAACGUUGAGACAUUGCAACGUCGCCUUCGUGCAGGUAUCAUCACGCCUGUCCCCCGCCCUUCGCAGCGGGCCCAAACUCGGCCGAUCCUAUUUCAAGAAAAUCCCAGCCUUGUUCCUCGCUCCUCCAGGCGUAUAAGGCUUACCUUACCCUCCGACGGCCCCGAGCCCGAAGUCGAUCCCUUGCGACCGUCGCCGCCGCCGUACUCACCCCGUAACCCCCGCCUACAUCCCACGAGCACGGACUACGACCUCACGCUCAAUUUGUACGGCCGCCCUCACAACAAUGGUGCUCCGCCUCUUCCACUCUACACGCCCAUCGCUGACCCCAGCGAACGUGUCCUCCAAUUUGGAGGAAGUGAGGAUGAGCAACGGAACGCCUUGGUGCGGUUGCGUGAGGAGAGGGGCCGACAGCAGUCAGAGGAGCGGUUGCCAGGGAUGCGGUUGCCGGACCGGGAAAGAAGAGACUACGAUGGAUCCGAAGAGUUGCAGUGGAUAAGGAACGCGGUGGCUGAAUUGGAUGUCGAGGAUGCGGAGUUAGAGGCCGAUAUUAUUCGGCUGUUCAUGAACGACCCAUUCCCUUGA